GUGGGCGGCGCUCACGAGCUCAGGCGCACCGCGAUCGGCUUCGACGGCGCCACUUCCGGAUGGGUGCUGCCACUGGCCUUCCGCCAGGACUUGAGCUACGAGCAGAGGACCGACCAGUUCUACGACAUGCAGAUGACCUACCGCACACCGCCGUCGUCACCGACGAGGUGCCCGAGCCCACGCGCAUGCACGACCUCGUCCCCGAAGAGAGCUCAAAACGAGAGCAAGCAGUUCACGUGCGAUUUCUCUCACACAGUUGAAGAGGGAUCGCGCUACGUGGCCGAGCUCAACACGAACCAGCCGCUGGACAUGUACGCCGAGAUGGCCGAGACGAACGGCGACGAGCUGAAGGCGCGCGAGAUUGUUGACACAUGCUACGCUGGUAUGGAUGCUCCCUCCAUGACCGACUCCAACUACGCCGAGAUGGCCGAGACGAACGUGGAGCACGAGGCUGUUGACACCUGCUACGCUGGCACGGAGGAUCCUUCCAUGACCGACUCCAUCGAUGAAAUCAUACCCGUCGAAAUCCGCGACGCAAUCAACCAGGCCAUCGCCAGCAAGAUGACCCGCCUCACGGGGAGCAGCGAGGAGAUGGUAUGCUCAGCCAUCGAGCGUGUGUUCGACGCCACCGUUUCUCACCCCUUCUGGGAACAGGACGGUGCGGUGAUGGCUGUCAACGAUUUGGCUAUCGAUUACAACAGUGACCUCGACGCUUACCGCGGGCUCCACUGA